AUGGCCGAUGGUCCAUUGCGGUACCAACAGCCCGCACCCAAUUUGUUUUACAACGCUCAUAGCCCUCGGAACGCCUCACGAACAAACUCUCCUCGUAACCCCCGUCGACAUUUCGCCGAAUUCCCGUCUCCUACAGCCUCACCUUUGCAUGCGAUUGCUUCGCACGGACCCACCAUGUUCCACAAUGCUUAUCAAAACCACAAUAAUAUGAUGAAUGGGGCGCAGAGCCACCAGAGAUUUGGCAAUAUGCAAGUGCAUAAGCAGCACCAGCAGCACUAUGGACCUCAUGGUCCUAUGGGCCAUCACCAGCACCAGCACGGUCCGAUGCACCAACACAAUAUUUCUGGCGGCUUUAGUAAUGCGCAGCAUCACGUCCUCGGAUUCCAAGAUCAGAUGCAAAACGGAGGCGGCGACGCAAGCCCCGACGAUAUCGAGGAUAUGGACAACGACUACUGGAAAGAGCAACAGUCAUGCCUCCAAGAGUGCCGGGAAAUGCAUGGACCUAAUCAGCGUGCAAAGAAUGUCGCUCAUAAUGCGAAGGGCAUCAGCUACAUCGGCGCGGAUGACCCGAACUCAGAUCGGGCGAAAAAGGCUGGCACGACUACAGGCAGUAGGUCCGACUGGGAUGAAUUAGACCUCGGUGGUCAAGGUCUCCAUGCUCUCUCCCCAAUCUUGUUCAACGCAUACGGCUUCAUCAGACGCCUCAACUUGGGAUGGAACAAUCUGACUGUGCUUUCACCAACCAUCGGCCAACUUAAGCAACUCGAACAUCUUGAUGUGUCAUUCAACCAGCUAAGCGAGCUACCUCCGGAGAUCGGAAUGCUCUCCAGUCUCAAGCAAUUGCAUCUCUUCAACAACCGGAUACAGACCUUGCCUUACGAAGUUGGCUUUCUGUUCAAGCUGGAAAUGCUGGGCAUUGCCGGAAAUCCUCUUGAGUCUGGUCAGAAGGACAAAAUAACCGAGGGCGGCACGAAGGCUUUGGUCCAUCACCUAAGAGAAAGCAUGCCUGAACCUCCCCCGCCUCGCGAAAGAGUUUGGCACCAACUCGAUGAGUCCGCAGAAGAAUCGACAGACUCGGUCAAAGCACUCUCCUACAAUAUCCUUUGUGAACGCUACGCCACGCCCACGAUGUAUGGCUAUGUUCCGGAGAGAGUGCUCAGCUGGGCCUACCGGAAGACUCUCAUUCUGGACGAGAUUAGAGAGCAGAAUGCCGACAUUGUCUGCCUGCAGGAACUAGACAAGAAUUCGUACGAUGAGUGGUUCCGUGGCAAGCUCGCUGAGGUUGGCUACAAGGGAUACUUCGCGCAAAAGAGCCGAGCCGAAACGUUAGGCGAGAACGCGCGUUUCGUGGACGGAUGCGGUACCUUCUGGAAAGACAAGAAGUAUAUCCAGCUUCAUGCCGAUCACCUGGUUCUGGGCCGAAAGGCGGUUGAGCGACCAGGAGCGAAAGCCUCGGCAGAUAUGCUGAAUCGUGUGUGGCAGCGAGAUGACAUUGCGACUGUGGUUUUCCUCGAGAACCGCGUCACCGGCUCCAGGAUUAUCGUUGUGAACUCUCACAUCUUCUGGGAUCCCGCGUUCAAGGAUGUGAAGCUGAUUCAAGCAGCCGUCAUGAUGGAGGAAGUGUCGAAACUCGCCGAGCGGUAUGCCAAGUGGCCAGCGGUCACGAAUAAGCAGACUUUCCGCUUCGCUGAUGCCGACGACAGCGCUGAGCCUCCGCCAGAGAUGGGCCCCUCUCUCGAAUACACCAGUCCGGCUCAAAUCCCGAUGAUCCUCUGCGGUGACUGGAACUCCGGAGCCGAUUCGGCGGUGUAUGAUUUGUUCACUAAGAAGGGUCUUACGGCGCAGCACGACGAUCUGGCAGGGCGCGAUUAUGGCACAUUUUCGAAGAACGGCAUGUCACACGAGUUCUCAUUGAAGUCGGCGUACAGUGGCAUCGAAGACGAGAUGCCUUUCACCAACUACACACCCUCAUUCGCAGGUGUACUCGAUCACAUCUGGUUCUCGACCAACUCGCUUCGUGUAACCGGCCUACUUGGCGAGAUCGAUCCCGAGUACCUCAAGCGGGUACCUGGGUUUCCAAACUUCCACUUCCCGUCCGAUCAUCUGGCGUUGGUGGCAGGCUUCAGGGUGGAAAAGCGGCGAAAGAUUGAAAAGGUGGAUGCGGACUUUGGCCCUUCAAGUCGAAAGUAG